UCAUUCCAAGGCUAGGCGUUUUGAGGUCAACAAGAAGUUCAUGUCAGUACCGGGAUCAACGUCAGGAGGAGCCUCAUUUGAGUGCAGUCUAACUGGGACUGUACUUCCAGGACAGUUUCAACGCCUAUACGAUCGACUGCUUGGACUGUGUGAACAUGCUGCACAUUCAAAGAUGUUUGAGCACGAGAUGCUCUUUACCCCUGCUAUCCAGAGACCCAUCUACGCGGCUAGAAAUGACGAUGUUCAUCUUCGACUGCGUGUCAAGUUGACUAUUUUAGAUCAAUCUAAAAAGCAGAUACAUAUAUUAGAUGAUGGCGGCAAUAGGAAAAAACAGAAAAAUUCCAGGGACGCACAUGAUACGGAUGUCAACAGCAAUAACAAUGGUGCCCAAGACACGAAUCAAAGCGAGGCAUCCGUAUUAGCAGUUGGUGAUAUGUCAUCCAUUAUAGAUAGUGGGAUGACAUCUAAUACACAAGACACUGAGGAUACAAUCGCACAAAUGUCCACCGAUCCAACAGCGACAUCCCAGUCAAUUACAACACAAGAACAACAAUGGCAGCAGCAGCAAGACGCGUCAGCCAACAUGACCACAUCCAACGGAGGAUCUUUACAAGUAGGGUCAUCUUUACGACAUUAUGGGCCAAAAACAAUAGUUACCAGACAGUAUCGACUGUGUCAAUAUGGGCACCCAGAGCCGGGUAGGACUAUUGUCGUUCGAUCCGUUAUCCUGGUCAAAAUCCAUGGUGAUGCAUUUGGGUUUUUAUCAUUGCUAGGCUACGGAUUUGAGGAUGAAUUUGUUUGCAGAGGAUACAACUUCAUGUUCAACAACAUUUGCAGGAUAUCUGUCUUUCGAAAGUAUAAGCUCUCUAAGCAGCAUGAUCCAUUCUCAGCCAUUGUACCAGAGGAAGAGGCAUCGGGGAGCAAUACUGCAGAGACUGCGUCCCCAUGGCUAGUCGAAAUCGCAUCAAGUUUUGUUUCGCAAGAGAACGUCAACGGGAUGUCGGACGAGAUCAAUAGUGUCAGAAACUUGCUUGCUGGAUCUGUAGUGUUUUGAACUCCAUUAGUUUAUAGCAG